CUUCCGGUUUACCCGGAAGUCAGCGUAAUUCCCAAAGAUGGCGGAGCAAGGUCCGAUGGCCAUAGCGAUGCGGCUACGAAACCAGCUACAGACCGUCUACAAGCUGGACCCUCUAAGAAACGAGGAGGAGGUGAAGUUAAAGAUAAAGGACCUUAAUGAACACAUCGUGUGCUACCUUUGUGCCGGUUACUUCAUCGACGCCACCACCAUCACCGAAUGUCUGCACACAUUUUGUAAAAGUUGUAUCGUCAAGUACCUACAAACCAGCAAAUACUGUCCCAUGUGCAACAUCAAAAUCCACGAGACGCAACCCCUGCUCAACCUCAAGCUGGACCGCGUCAUGCAAGACAUUGUCUACAAGCUGGUGCCUGGCCUACAAGAAAGCGAAGACAAAAGAAUAAAGGAGUUCUAUCAGUCGCGGGGGUUGGAGAGGGUCAUUCAGCCUGCGGGAGACGAUUGUGUGUCGGAAGCGUCAGGUUUACCGUACACCAGCUUCGACCACUCAAAGGCUCACUUUUACAGAUAUGACGAGCAGGUGUCGUUGUGUUUAGAACGGCUAAGUUCGUCACUCGCAGGGAAAGAUAAGACGAAACUUGCAUUACAGCAGAAGUUUGUGCGUUGUUCUGUGCGAGCGGAGGUGAGGCAUCUACGCAAAGUGCUUUGUCAUCGGCUUAAUGUGGAAAAACAUCAGGUCCAGAUGUUGUUCAACAACGAGUUUUUGCCCGAUCACAUGACCAUGAAGCGCUUAUGGUUAUCACACUGGUUUGGAAAGGCGCAGCCACUAGUGCUUCACUACACCAUCAAGGACAAACGUAGCAGAUAGAACUGUUGGACUUUGGCCUUCCUUCUUUUCUUCCUUCGUUCCAUCCUUCACCAACACAGCUGUACAUAUUUUGUAUAAUACAUAAUUCUAUUUUAAUAAUAGUCUUUGUGUACAUGAACUUAUUUUCCCUCCUUUUUGUAUUUUUGAAAAUAAAUUUAAAAUAUCAAACAAGUAAA